AGAUACAGUAACGACACCCACAUCAACGACACCUGCCACCUCGGAAACAACAGUAUUGCCCAUCGCCUCAGCAACACAAAUAACCAAGACUGCUACCACAGAUACAAUAACGACACCCACAUCAACGACACCUGCCACCUCGGAGACAACAGUAUUGCCCAUCACCUCAACAACACAAAUAACCAAGACUGCUACCACAAAUACAGUAAUGACACCCACAUCAAGGACAACAGAAAGUAAGGCAGACAUCUCGUCUUCAACCAAUUCCUCUACAGGAAGAACAAUGACACUAGCCAACAUUGAGUCCCCAUCCUUGAGUACCACUGGUCUAUUGACCCCCACCACCGAACUCAGCUCCACACUCGCUCUUUCCAGCACCUCACCCCUCCACAGAAAUAUCAUCCCAUUUUCCCCUCCAUCUUCCCCAACCACAGAGCCAGUCUCCACUUCGACUGCAAACACUAGCCCUAUGUCCACCCUGAUUACCACCAUCCCCGCUACACACCCAACUUCCGGCCCUUCAACUCCCACUUCUCCUCCCACCAGGUCCACAACAGAAAUCACCACUCCCACGCACACUGAAGCUCCUGUCACCUCGAUCACAGCCACUUUUCCCAUUCUAGCUUCAACCACAGAAGUAGCCCAGUCUGGGACCAAAAGCAUGGUAACAGCACGCACCUCAAUAACAGCUCUCAGUACUUCGAGUGUUUCUCCCUCAACACCUUUCCCUGAAUUGAUUACUUCUACUAGUGCAAUAAGUACCCCUUUUAGUACCAUCAUCUUGUCUUCAAUACCUGAAAUAACAAUAUCAUCUCUAUCUUCCAUCAGCACAAGUUCACUGGUCUCUACGACAAGUAAGUCUUUUCCUACCUCCUCUCAUGUGUACAGUACAGACAUCACAGGGUCUUCUCUCACUGCUUUUCCUACUUUUUCCUCAUCUGAAACUGCAAGAACUUCUCUCACCACUUCUCCCCAAAAUGGUAGCCGUCGUCUUACCCAAACCACCACCAUGUUGACUCUUUCUUCCACUACCCAAUGUCCAGAAUCAAUAUCGGUUACAAUAGUGUCUGCCUCUCCCACUACACCAUGUAUAGAAGUGGGUCCAAAUCCUGAAGUUACUUCUACGCCCACCAUCCCAUUAUCAGUUUUUACCUCUACUACUGAGAGGGCCACCUAUCCCAGUUCCACCACCAGGACAACUGUGUUCCCUGCAAAAACGGACACUUCUACUUCCGUUUUCGAAACUGACCCCACUGACAUGACUGAUGCACCUAGUUCUAUCAGCACUGGAACCAUCCCCAUUAACACGGAUUUCACGAGCACACAAAGACCCACCAGUGGCACCUGGAUCAGCACCAACUUUGUAACUACCCCACGUGUGCCCGGCUCCACUAGCCUCCCAGUUACCAUGAAACCAAGUAGCAGCUUUUCAACUACCAUGAUGACUUCAAGCAAGCUGACGCCUCACACCUCACACAUCACCAGCGCUCCAGGGAUACCAGCGGCUACCACCAAGACUCUCUCCACCCUUACGUCACCCAGGACAACUUUGACCACGACUCAGAUGACCACACAGUCUAGGUUGACCACCACCCCAGGCACUUGUGACAAUGGUGGCACCUGGAUGCAGAGCCAGUGCUCCUGCCCCAGCACUUUCUCUGGCUCCCGCUGUGAGUUUGCCGCGGAACAAAUAGAUGUGGACAAAGUGGACGCUGAAGUGGGCAUGGAGGUUUCUGUCGACCAGAAGUUCUCCCCGGACCUUAAUGACAACACUUCUAAGGCCUAUAGGGAUUUCACGGACACCUUCCGAGAUCAGAUGAAGAAGGUCUACCAAAAUGUGGAGGGGUUCAAGGAGGUGGUGAUCCUUUCUCUGAGGAAUGGCAGCAUUGUUGUGGACUACCUGGUCCAGCUGGAGUUACCCUUCAGCCUCCAGCUGGAGAGCGAGUAUGAGAAUGUGAAAGUGGCCCUGAAGGAGGAGCUCCAGACUUUCAGCCAGAAUAGCAGCUGCGGGAAGGACCAGGUCUUGUGUUUUAAGCCUGAUUCCAUCAAGGUGAACAACAACACCAGGACGGAGCUGUCCCUGGAAGCCAUCUGUCGCCACGCUGCUGCCGUGGGCUACGAGGAUUUCUACUUCCCCUUGGUGAAGGAGAACAAGCUCCUCUGUGUCACCAAAUGCACGGCGGGCGUGGACGGCGCCAUCGACUGUCGUCAGGGCCAGUGCGUUCUGCAGAGGAGCGGUCCUUAUUGCCGCUGCUUCUCCACGGACACGCACUGGUUCUUGGGCUCGCGCUGCGAGGUGACCAUCUCCUGGAAGGCGCUUGUCGGAGGCCUGGCGGGGACCGCGGCGCUGCUGCUGCUGCUGCUGCUGGGGGCGCUGAGCGUCUUCGUCGCGCGCUCGUGGAGGAGGCGCGGCCAAGGCGGAGGCCUGUCCUGGGACGACAGGAAGUGGUUCGAGACCUGUGAUGAGAACACCGUGAAGACUUUUUCUAACCUGGGCUUCGAGAAUGACAGAACAGCUGCACUUCCACAAACCUGAGGUGAACUUGACCUCUCUGUGAGCUCCACACUGCCUUCUCCACGCUGCCGCGGACAGUGCAGGGAACCAUCUGCACUGCCUCUGAAGAGAUGGCUGUGAACUCCUGCGGCUCAGUCUCCUGGUUUCCUUGGGCAGCAUCAGACUCCCCCCUGACCCCUAUCUUUCUCCCAACUUGUGUGAAACCCACCUGGAGACCCAGUUCAAAUCCAGGCUCUUCCACUCUGGGACCUUGGGCAAGUCAGUCACUUCUCUGAAUCUCGGUUUUGUCACCUGUAAAAUGAGUGUGGCCGGGCUUCCCUGGUGGCACAGUGGUUGAGAGUCUGCCUGCCGAUGCAGGGGACAUGGGUUCGUGCCCCGGUCCGGGAGGAUCCCACAUGCCGCGGAGCGGCUGGGCCCGUGAGCCAUGGCCGCUGAGCCUGCGCGUCCGGAGCCUGUGGGAUUAUUGUGAAAACCAGAUGUGCUUGGUCAGACCUCUGUCCCAGUGCACCUUCCUGUGUCGGCCCUCAUGCUUACAUGGCUUCUCUGAGAUCCCCAGUCCCCAUGUCCUUCCCCAGGGCUCAGGCCUCCAUUUCUCCUUUUCCUGGGCGCAUGCCUACUGCCGGGUCCUCACCCUGUACAUGCAACCAGCCUGCAGCCCGCCCCAUCCUCCUACCCUCUCCUUAUAUAACUCCCCUUGCACCCCUUGCCCCCAUCCCUUAAACUUUCUCCCCUCUGAACCCACUUCUUAAGUCACUUCUCCCCCACAGCCCAGUGCCCAGCCCUGCAUCUCCCCCAGUUUCCGUACUUUCCCCUUCCCCAUCCCUGUACCCUCAGCCCUAAAUACCCCCCUGCCCCCCGCAUCUCAGUGCCCCAGUCCUAAAUCCUCCCUCCUCUUCUCCCCCCAUCCCUAGCUAGGUACAGAUGCCCUCUGCAUCUUAGGACCCCCAGGUGGUGCUCCCUAGGCCAGGUCCCCCAUUAUGAGGCUCCAUUCUUCCUGUUACCCCCAGGUCCCUGAGGAUGAGAGGAAGUGGGGUCCUGAGGUGGGAGAGCUCCUCCAGCACCUCCUCCUCAUUCCCCUAACUCUCCCUCCCCUCCCUCAGUGCUUCCCCCCAUUCCUACCCCCUUCCCCACCCCUUCCUCCCUUCCUCUCCCUGGUCUCACCCCCAUCCCUGCAAUAACCUCUGGAGACAGAAGCCCCCAACCUCCUUUGCAGGAAGACCUCACUCACCUGGGGACAGGAAGUCUGCAAGUCUCCCGUUCUCCCAACUGAACAUAAUA